UGGUCGACAAGUGAAGUCAUAUCCGCGGCGGCGGGAGAUCGUCCGCUAAGCAUUAUCCGAUAGAGUGGCUGCUCUCUCUCCAGGAACGUAAUAAUCAGCAUCGAGUGUCUUUUUUGAGAACUCCAACCACACACUCUUUCAACAAUAAUCCCGGGGGCUCGACGCUAAUACCAUGCCCGUCCAUUUCAUCGUCAAGGGUGUCAGCGAGGGCUUCCCGUCCAUUCCUUAUCUCUAUCCCGUGCUGAAGGUCGUGCCAUGGCUGAUCCUUCUCGCGGCGCUCAAGGUGUACUUUGGCGGCGCGAGCAAUAAGUCGGAGCGAUUGAUGCACUCGAAGGUGGUAAUGAUCACGGGAGGAACAUCUGGAAUAGGAGCUGCCAUCGUCCACGAACUCGCAUCUCGCGGCGCCCAGAUCAUCCUCUUAACUCAACAUCCGCCCUCUGAUAUCUUCCUCGUCGACUACAUCCAAGACCUACGGACCUCGACCAAGAACCAGCUCAUAUACGCAGAACAAGUCGACCUGUCCUCUCUCCAUUCCAUCCGCACCUUCGCUACAAAAUGGGUUGACAAUGCCCCGCCACGGCGUCUGGAUAUGAUCAUCCUCUGUGGAAAUACGGCGGUGCCUCAGGGCGGACAAAGAGAAAUAACCAAGGAUGGGCUGGACGCGGAAUGGCAGAUCAACUACCUGGCCAAUUUCCAUCUGCUAAGCAUCCUGAGCCCUGCCAUACGAGCCCAGCCACCGGACAGAGACGUGCGGAUCGUCUUUGCUACUUGCUCAAGCUACAUCGGCGGCACGAUAGAUCUAAAGCAGACUGAAGGCGCAGCCGUUGCAAACACAACGACAACAACAGCGAAGCCAAGAGGUAAAGGCAAGACAGCCACGGCAACAAAGCAGAACACCAACACGCACAAGAAGCACAAUAUGUUCGGCAUGACGAAACUCGCCCUAAUGACUUUCGCCAAUUCCUUCCAGUCUCACCUCUCCUCGUACAAAAGACCGGACAAAUUCCCAGUCAACGCGCGCGUCCUCAUCGUCGACCCGGGUUUCUGCCGUACGCCAGGAACCCGUCGCUGGCUCACCCGCGGCUCUCUCUGGGGUCUCCUCUUCUAUCUCCUCACAUGGCCACUGUGGUGGUUGAUCCUCAAAUCUCCCCAACAGGGCGCCCAGAGCUUCCUCUACGCGACCAUGGAAGCCAAAUUCGGCCGUGGCACCGGCCCCUGGUUCAUCAAGGAGUGUCGCGAGGUCGAUUUACUCCGGAAGGAAAUCAAAGACGAAGCAGUUGCCAAGCGGCUGUGGGAAUUCAGCGAGAAGCAAAUCGAAGCUAAGGAGAAAGAAGGGGCUGUCAGGAGAGCGUUGGAGAAGAAAGAAAAGGAGGAGGAAGAGAAGAAAAAGAAACAGCAGCAGGACACUACUACGAGUGAAAGCUCUGGAUCUGCUAAGGCUCAGCAGACCCCCGGAUCCAGAAGGAGUCGUAAAGCGAAAUAAAUAGAAAUGAGAAUGGGUGUGGCUUCGUUACAUUGAGGAUCACAAAAAUAGGGAUUGAUUAUGGAAUCCUGCCAAGUUAAUUCCUGUAUCUAAUUAUAGUUGCAAUAUACGUAUAUAGUUAUACCCAAUAUCUAGUAGGAGAUCCCUAAUAAUUAAUGCGCAUGCCAGCUCGG